AUGACGACGGUCGGUGCAAAAGACCUGACCUUCGACGAGCUACCCGAAGGCGGACGAGGAUGUCUUGCAAAUUUGUGGGGCCCACCAGGCACACCAGCACGCUAUCUUGGAACGCUCAACCACAUCGAUUCCACCGCCAUACUCAACGGUAGGGCUGCUGCUAUCCAACAUGGCAUCUCGAUUGGCCUGAAUCUACCACUCGACCAGCUCUCGCCUCCUGCCGUUGGACGUACAGCGCUCCAACACGAGCGUAAAGGUCUAGAGGGCUUUUCAGCUAUGGACGAUGUCUACACCGUCAACCCUCAGCAGACGUCGCAGUGGGAUGCUUUGCACCAUUGGUGUCAUACCUCUCGAAAACGCACCUUUGACGGAUUGACGCAGGAACAGGUGCUUGACAAGACCAGGAUACAGCCGCCCAUCCUGCAAACAUGGGCGCAGCGAGGCAUCGUGGCGCGUGGCGUCUUGCUCGAUUUUGCGCAGUACGCUGAGCGACAUGCACUUCCAGACUUUCAUCCAGUCGAAAGCUUUGCCAUCACAAUGGCACAUGUUAGAGACAUGGUUCGGGAACAAAACGUAAAGUUCCUCCCGGGAGAUGUGCUCUUCAUCUAUCAGGGCUUUACUCGACAUCAUACAUCUGUUUACAGCGAUGAAGAGAGGGACAAAUUUGCGAAACACAUAGCAACACCGACGAUGCCUGUAGCGGGUCUCGAACAGAGCGAGGCUUUGGCUCGCUUCUUGUGGAACAACAAAAUCUCCGCCAUCGUCAGCGACAAUCUCAGCGUCGAACGAUUUCCGCCAAUCAACAGUGAUUGGAUCCUUCACGACUUGCUCCUUUCUUCCUGGGGUAUGCCGAUGGGUGAGCUGUUUGACUUGGACGAGCUCGCAAAAACAUGCACAAGGCUGCAAAAGUUUACCUUCAUGCUAGCGUCGGCUCCUUUCAACUACGCGGGCGGACUGUCCAGUCUCGCAAAUGCUGUCGCAAUCCUCUAG